UCUGCCUCCACACGCACACACACACACGCACGCACGCGCACCGGGAGGAUGCUGCCUCGGUUCAGACAACAGACUGUGUGGAGCUGAAGAGGAACCGGACGGACUACCGGACACACCGACACCGACUCCAGGAUCUACCGGGCACCGAGCUACCGGAGCCGGGCUGAACCUCCUCCUCCAGUCGGUGAGACCGUCCGGUGAGCCCCGGAGCGGCGGAGGGAGGAUGAAGAAGAGCAACCAGAGCAGACGGGGCCUUCAGGACUCGGGUCAGCAGGCCGUCCAGCACUCGGAGAAGGUGGGCUGGAUCAGGAAGUUCUGUGGUCGGGGGAUCUUCAGAGAGCUCUGGAGGAACCGGUAUGUGGUCCUGAGAGGAGACCAGCUCUACAUCUCUGACAAGGAGGUGAAAGACGAGCGGAAGGCGCAGGAAGUGUUCGACCUGGCGGAUUACGAGCGUUCGGAGGAGCUGAGGAAAGCAAAGAGUCGCAGCAAGAAGAACCACAGUCGCUUCACGCUGCUGCGCUGCCGACGGCCAGGAAACACCGUUCCUAACCUCGUGUUUCUGGCGGUGAGUCCGGAGGAAAAGGAAUCAUGGGUCAAUGCCCUCAAUGUAGCAAUCAUCAAAGCCAAGAACCGCAUUUUAGACGAGGUGACCCUCGAGGAGGACAGUGCGCUGGUUCAUCCCACCAGAGACCGGGCAAAGAUCCCUCAUGGCCGCCGGCUGCCGACCAGAGGACACCUCAUGGCCGUGGCGUCCACUUCCUCCCACGGCAUGCUGACCCUCGACCUGGUUGCUGAGGAGGACGGUUUCUUACAGGACUACGAUGGCGACUCCCGGGAAUCCUGGGAGAACUUCCAACUUGACCUGCUGAGGGGGGGUUCGUGUGGACAGGUGGCAGCUGUUGGAUUUUCGGGGGUCGGAGUUCGCCAACGAGCCGGCACCGACGUGUCAAAGCUGCGGGUGGCCUCCAAGGAGCCCAAGGUGAAGACCAGCAGUCUGCCCAGAGGGAGUGAGCUGUCCUGGGGCAAUCAGACCCACCAGGAGGCCCCCAAGGUCCACAAGACCCAGCAUGUGCAGGUCCUUCAGGCUCAGUCACAAACGCCGCAGCCAGGGAAGAGGUUCAGCAUGCAGGGACGGAGUCGUUGUGCCUCCAUGGAUGAAGUCCUCUCCUCCAGACCGGCGAUGAUUCGCUCCGAGUUGCGCUCGGCUCUUCGGCGUUGUCCGACUGAGGAGGAGGCAGGGGGCGGGGCUUCAGUACAGCCGGUCGGUCAGCUGCAGAGCCUCAUCGCCCAGAGGAUGCAAAGAGCUCAGGAGCUGCUGGAGGAGAUGAGACUGCAGGAGCUGCAGAAGGCCAAAGCAGAGAGAGAACGAGGAGAAAGCUCACCCUAUAUGAAGGGCAUCGAUUCUCCUCGCCUCCAUCACCUCAGGGGCUCAGACUCUCCUCACUCCAGCAGGUCGUCUGGAUCUCCGAGGAGCAGGAGCAGCGACUCUCCUCGCCUCCGGGGCAAAGACUCUCCUCGUCUGAGAGGAAGAGAGUCUCCUCGAUCCAAAGCCAAGAGGAAUCGCUCCAAAGGGGCCGACUCGCCUCGCUCCAGAGGAUCCCAUUCACCUGCCGCUAAAGCAAACGAAUCUCCUCGACUGAAAGAUUCACCUCGUCUGACCGGGACCGACUCUCCUCGGACAAAGAGCUCUGACACAGUCCGUUCACCAAAGCUAAAGGGAUCCUCUAGCUCCUCUUGUCCCAACAAGGAGGACGACUCUCCUGUACCGAAGUCACUUGAAUCCCCUUCAAGCAUCGGAGGAUCCGUCUUCUCUCAGGUUAAAGGAUCUGAUUCGCGACGAGGCAGUGAAACCGACUCCCCUCGUCUGGGGAGCAGCAAGGAGUCGUCCUGUCUGAGUCAGAAGAACUCCCCAAGCCCUUCUGGAUCCUUCGAGUCCACGCAGUCCAAAACCCCCGACAAGCACCGCCUGUCUCCACCUCCGCCCUCCUCACCUCCCUCCCUGCUGUCGGAGGAGGACCAGGAUGUGGAGAGGAGGCGUGACGAAGCCGAGCGCCUCCUGGAGGAGGCCGUGUCAUCGUGGAAGGAGGCGCAGGAGGUCCUGCAGGAGGUGAAGGAGCUGCAGAGCCAGACACUGCGGCGGCAGCGCAGGAGGACCUACGAGAAGAUGACAUCGACAGCGGCGGCGGCUGGGUUGCCCGAGGCGACCACGGCAGCAGAUGAGGACGACACGCCCACCUCGCCAACAUCACCUGAGGAGGACGACGAGUCGGAAACACCUUGAUGAGGAAGUUUUUCUUACAAAUAUUCAUUGAAAUGAAUUUUCUCAAUGAAAGUAGCAGCGUUUUUCAGCAUGCUUACACGCAAAAAAGCAGACAAGGAUUUUGCAUAAUUUGGGGAUUUUUAAUUCUAUUCCUCAAAUGUUUUUCAUCUUUUAAUCCAGGGAUGGUGGGAUGCACGUGAACACUUAAGCAAAUGUGGAUUAUUUUGAAACCAGCGAUACAGUUCUUCCCAGGAGGUUUAAUGACUUUAAUCCUCCACAGUGCACUAGACUGUCAUCAGUCAGACGCCCUCUCUCUUCUGCUGCCCGUUUUAUUCACAAAGUCUCUUUGUGUGACAGAUGUGUCACAUUUAAUUUGAGUUGAUGCAGUUUUAAUGGAGAGGCACUCCCCUUCACCUUCUCUAAUGGUGCUGCAUGUUUCUCUUCUUUGUCUUUUAUUGCUGAAAGUGAAGUGAAACGCCUCUCUGUUGAUUUCAAAGACAAGUUCUUCCCUCGUGAGUUUUUUGGACGAGAUAUUCAGGGUUUUGAGAAGAUGAAAAAAAAAAGACAAUUUGUCAUUUAAAGAGACUUUUUUUAAGCAAAGAUGUCAACGUUUAUACAAUGGGGAACUUUUUCAAUAUGACAAAAUCAUGAAGGCACUGAAGAGCACUAUGUUUCCUACGGGCACGGUGGUGUAUCCACGCUGAUUAUUAAGAAUUUAAAUAUCCGUUACCUGAUUUAUUUGCUAAUAUAUAUAUUAUGUCUUAUUGUGUGACAUUUCUGUUAAUACAAUCUUAUAAAUUGUCAGUCUCUGAUUUAGUUGUAGCCCCGUUUAUCUCUCCCAAAACGUCCUUCUAGCUCACUGUUAAUAUUUUAAUAAGAUGUUUCAAACAUUAACGGUGAGUUUUGACAAGAAAAAUCAGGGCGUUUAAUGUUCUGCACCACGAAGAGAGAAUAAGCAAUAAUGUCAAUAAGAAACAAAGAAUAUGUCUUCUCUAACACUUUACUUGUUAAUCAGCUGUAACGGAACAAAAAGCAUGGCUUCAUUAACCUGCUCGGGGGCAAAAUAUGUACUGUUGUAAAAUCCUGUUCCUCCAACUCUCUGUGCAAUAUGUACCGUUUAUCGUUGCUAUAAUGCUACUUGGCUGUAGAUUUGCUGAGUGGUAUUAUUAAUGUACUAUUAAUUUAAGAAUACGUAACACGACACAGGGACAUUUACAACAGGAUCUCCACUUCAGGUAGCAGGAUCCACCUUGAAGCCAGUCUAACACCAGCUGAUAGUUGUGCUUUAUUGCUGCAUUUUACGCAUUCAGUUAGCACAAGUAGUACCCGACCGAUACUGGACGAUUCAGGACCCAUAUUUAUUUUAGUCCAAAAAAACCCCCAAACAUCCGAUGUUUUGGCCCAUAGGGAUUAUGUUCACACAGCAUAAUAUAAAGAUGCAUUUUUGAUAAGGAUCCCUUAGAAUUGUUUUUACAGAAUUAUGACCAAGAUAUCUUCUGAAAGAGACGAAACUUAUGACAUAAGCACAUGAAGAAAUUGACGUGUCACUAACAUACAUGAUGAAACUUACAUGACGCUUUACAUUCAUGACGAAAUGUAUGUGUCGCUAACAUAUAUGAUGAAAUUCAUAAUUUGCUAACAUACAUGAUGAAAUUUUAUUGUCGCUGACAUACACGACAAAAUGAACGCGUCACUAACAUAGAUGAUGAAAUUGAUUUAAAAGACUUAAAUGAGGAAAAUUAAAUGUUGCCAACAUCCGUGAUGAAAUUUACGCAUUAUGGAUUUAAAUGACAAAAUUUACAUGAUGCUAACAUACAUAAUGAAAUAUACGUGUCACUGACAAACAUGACGAAAUGUACGUGUCGCUAACAUACAUGAUGAAAUAUACAUGAUGCUAAUAUACAUGAUGACAUUUUAUUGUCGCUGACAUACAUGACAAAAUGAACGCAUCGCUGACAUACAUAACAAAAUUUACAUGAUGCUAACACAUGAUGAAAUUUACGUGUCCCAGAGUUAAAUGACAAAAUGUACGUGUUGCUAACAUACAUGAUAAAAUCUAUGUGUCGCUAACAUACAUAACAAUUUACAUGACGUUAACGACAUGACGAAAUCUACGUGUCAUUAACGAACAUGAUGACAUUUACGUGUCGUUGAAAUAUAUAUUACUUACUUAAAUACUGUAAGAAAUAUUAAUAGUAUACAAACAGGGCUGAUACCAUCGUUCUAUAAUUGUGUACUAUUAGUUUAUUGGCAUAAAAUGAAUCACUCAGUUUAACUGAUUUAUCAAACAAAACAAUUUAAACAUUUGUUGGUUUAAGGAAAAAUUUUAUUGACUCAAAUAACUAAUAUUAAUAUUAAUUAGAAAUGAUUGUUAGCUGCAGUCCUACACAACAAUAUAUGUUUUUCUUUAUUAAAAAAUGCACUUUUUUGGAAAUAUGGAUGACAUGAAGAGCUGCCAACGUUUCAAUCGUUUACAUAUUAAUCAAAUAUCAUUAAACUGAUAUUUUCUAUUUUAAAGUCACUUUUUGUGUUGGUUGUUGGAACUGUAACUUUAGUGUUCACAUUAAUUUAUCUCAGAGUUUCUGUUCGUCAGUCACGACGUUUUAACUUUUCUCCAGUUUGAGUGUUUUUGCACAUUUAUCAGAUGAACUCAGUAUGUAAAAGAAGGCACUGACACUGUGAGCGAUUACUUAUUAAGGAUUCAUUGUACUGUAAGUGAUGUUGGUGAAAAGAUGUUGAACAAAUGUUUUUAGUUUUAUUUAUUUAUUUAUUUUAAAGUUUAUACACAUUUAGAACAAACUUUCCACUUUGUUAAAAUAUGAAGUUAUUUUAAAUGUUUUCUUUUCUUUUUUUGCUCAUUUUAUUUAAAGAUUUAUAUAUUGAUGUUUUUUGAAUGAUGUUGUUUGAAUUACUGUAUACGGCAAUGCAUUGUGGGUAAAUGGAGCCAAAAAAAAACACUGUUUGUUUUCUGUUUGAGCGUCUAGAACUCGUCUUCACAUGCAAAAUAAAAUAAGCUAAAGAAAUGUA